AUGUGGAAAUUGGGGGGGAAGAAAUUAUACACUACUGUUGAUACUUUGACUCAACGAGAGCCUUAUUCAAUGCUUGCUACAAUGUUCAGUGGUUGGCAUACUGUGUGUCAGGAUCCUGAAAUGGGACUUAUGGAGGAAAUCAAUGCUGUCUUAAGUAGAAAGUUAGAUUUCGAGGUGUUAAACUUUCUGGCCUUGAUCUUUCAAAACUGGAUUUGUCUUAUGUGGACUUCAUCCAUGCUUGUCUUAGAGAUGUAUUCUUCUCACGUGCAAACCUACAGUGUGCCAAGUUCCGGAAUGUGGAUGCUGAGGGUGCGAUCUUUCAUAAUGCAAUUUUGCAAGAAUGUGAAUUUACAGGGGCCAAUUUGCGCGGAGCUUUAUUAGCUGGUGCUAAUCUUAAGAGUGCAAACCUACAAGGCAAACUCUCUACACUCUGAUAAUCAUUAAGUAACUGUCAUUAGACACAUCAUCUUGAUCUUAAACAAAGUUUCGUUUCUUAUCAAAAACCAAAAAUGUCAUAUAUACAAUUUGGCUCCACUCAUGUAUUUUCCUGUUGCAUCAUCUUGUAUUUCUUGGUAAUUGCAUGUCUUUUUAAUGUAAACUCUACUUUCAUACAGAUCCACCCUUUUUUCUUACUGUGAUAAGAAUAAUCUUGAAAAUCCCUUACCUUGUUACCAUUUUAUUUGGUUUUAUUUGUUAUGGUGUCAUGGGGAUAUGAAUACUCUAUACUACUUACUGUAAGGGAGAUUGGAUAUAUUAAAUUUGACAAACUCUUCAGUGUUUUCUCUCAUUUUUGCGGUUUCUCUCCUUUGGCCAUGGAUUUAGCUUGAUUUUAU